GACCUGGAAGAGCUCGGACGGCUCCGUGCCGAAGCCAAACGGGACCGGCAGCGCGAUCGGGAACGGGACCGGGAACGGGGCUGGCCGAGCUCCCGGCAGCUCCGGGCAGCAGCAGAGCCUGGAGCACCGCCUGCUCGAGCGGCGCUACGAGGAGCUGGCCGAGAGCCGGAGGCAGGCGGAGGCGGCGAGGAAAGCGGCGGCCGAGGAGGAGCGAUUGGCGGACCUGGCCUCGGAUCUGCUCCUGCGGUACCUGCUCCGAGGGCCCGGCGCGGCGCCGGCUGAGGAUAAGAGGUCGGAAGAGGCCGAGCCCGAGGAUGACGAUGGGGAGGGCAUGGAGGAAGGCUUCGAAGCCGGGGAUGGAGGCGAGGAGAACCGGGGAGGGAAGGGGAAAGGGGGGGACGGAAGCGAUGGGUUUGAUGACGGCAACGAUGGGUUUGAAGGCAACGGGGGGUUGGAGGACAACGAGAUCCUUCCGAGAGGCGGCAUGAUCCCAAGAGGAGGGAUGAUCCCAAGAGGCAACAAGAUCCCAAUGGGUACCAACGACAUCCCAAUGGGUACCAAUGACAUCCUGAUGGAUACCAACGACGUCCCGAUGGGUACCAACGACGUCCCGAUGGGUACCAACGACGUCCCGAUGGGUUCCAACGAGGUCCCGAUGGGUUCCAACGAGAUCCCGAUGGGUUCCAAUGAGAUCCCGAUGGGAUCCAACGAGCUCCAGCCGCAGGAUCCGGCCGAGGUGGACGACCUGGACCCCGGCACCAUUGACCAACUCAUCGAGCUCUCCAGCAAACUCCACCUCCCCGCGGACGACGUCGUGGACAUCAUCCACGACGUGGAGCAGAAACGCAAGCAAGAGGCCACCAUCGGGGCCCCCCCCCGCCUUAUCCACCCCCCCCAGCCCCAAAGCCGCCCCGUUCCCAUCUCCAAUCACAUUCCAGGCCGGACUUUCCUGCCCCCCCCACGCCGGCCCCCGCCGCCUCUUCGGGAUCGGGAGCUGCAGCGGUACCUGGAGAGGGUUUUGGGGGGCCCCCCAGGGGGUUCCCAUAGGGGAGGCACAACCCCUCUCCCCAUCCCCAAUUAG